AAAAGGGCAAGUUUUUUAGUUCAGAUAAACUCAGCAACUGCACCAAGAGAGGACUGAACUUCUGAGACUGAGGAGAGAAAUACAAGAAGAAAAGAAGAGGAAAAACCUCCAUAAAUAUUCAAAGCAACGACAAAAAGAUUCGUAUGGGGAGAGAAUAGAAGUCUGGGGAACUAAACAUAUUACAAAGGAUGAGCUGCUUGCAGAUUACUGCUUGUGGGACGAUUGCAAAAACCAAGAGUAUAUGCCCUUCACGUUGUUUAUCUUCCUCACAAUCAUGUGUCUCUCGGAAUAAUUCUGUCCAACUUCUUGGAACCUCGUUGAGACAAGUUUCUUGCACAUCUAGAUACCAGAGGGGCACUACCGUUUGCUUGUUUGGAAACAAAGGAAAACCAGAGAAUAGUGGUGAUGGGUCGUCUCCAUGGAAAUCUCUUGAGAACGCUAUGGGAGGAAUAGGAAAAGAGAAGUCAAUACAGGAUAUUUUGAGGGAGCAGAUGCAAAAUAAGGAAUAUGCUGAUACUGGAGGUGGAGGUGGACUUGGAGGUCGUCCACCACCGAGCGGUGGAGGUGGGGGUGGGGAUGGUCCCGAGAAUGAAGGCGUCGAUGGUAUGUUGGAUGAAUUCGUACAAGUAAUCUUAGCAACUGCCGGCUUCCUCUUUCUGUAUGCGUACAUAAUCCGUGGUGACGAAAUAGCUCGGGUAGGAAAGGACAUUUUAAAGUUUAUUGUUACAAGAAAGAAGAGUCUUCGAUUAGAACGUAUUGGUGACAAGUGGAGAAGACUCUACCGUAGACUGGCAAAGAAGGAUCAGGUACAGAGAGAUCCGUUUUGGUUGGAACGUGCAAUCCUCAAUACUCCAACAUGGUGGCACGACCCUGUACAGUACAAACGCUACCUCGCAUCUCGCCUUAAACGAUCAUCCUAUUCAUAGGCUAAUACCUUUCUGAUGUUCUUUUAGAAUAACUUUCCUGCAACUUCAUCUUUGUUGUUUGAAGCUGUGUUUGUUAAGAUUUUUCCCCAGACGGAAUUUGUAAAAGAUGUGAGAUUUUGUUUCAUGGAAAUGUAUUUGUUCUUUGAGAGAUCAUGGUUUCCCAGGUUCAACCUGGUCACCAUACAGAAAUUGAAUACCAGGCAUGCAAUUUGUACUACAGAAUUUAUUCUUAAAUUUUGAACGACGUAUUUCGUUGGUAA